AAAUGUCAAAUGAAACUUUUUAGGUUAUAUUAUGAUUUUCUUGUAUAAAUUUAGUAAACAAUUUAUUUUUAGGUUGAAAACAUUUUAUUUUCACUAUGUUGUGUAGAAAAGCUUGUAAUUACAAUCUUAUAAAUUAUUUAAAAAUUGCUACUCAAAAGCCGUAUAGUGUAAUUGCAUCUGUUUUAGAGAAUGCAACUGUAGGGGAAGAUACAGAAGUUAAGGGGUGGGUCAAAAAUCUACGUGUUCAAAAACAUUUGAUAUUCGCCGAUGUGAGUGAUGGCUCCUGUGCGCAAAAAUUGCAGAUUAUCAUCCCAAAAGAAUUAAAAACGGACGCACUAACUUGCGGCAGCUCCGUACAUAUUAGAGGGAAACUGUCUAAAAGUCCGAGAGGCCAGUUAGAACUGUUAGCAGAAAAUAUUAAGGUCCUUGGAGCGUGUGUUGUUUUAGAUGGUUAUCCAUUCAAUCCUAGGACCACACAUCCGCCAGAGUACAUCCGGCAGUAUAUACACUUACGGUCACGGACAAACUAUGUGUCCUCUAUAUUGCGAGUUCGUAAUUCACUCACAAGACAUAUACAUGACUUUUAUGCUUCCAAAAAAUAUUUAAACGUACAUACACCAAUAUUAACCUCGAAUGACUGUGAAGGGGCUGGUGAGAUGUUUAAAGUGCAGCCAGAGUGUCAGGACACUGUAAAGGCAAUGAUGCAGGAGGGCAAGAAUGAAGAUACACUUUAUUUUGGUUCAAAAACAUAUUUAUCAGUCUCGGGUCAGUUGCACUUAGAAGCAAUUUGCAGGGGUAUGGGCAAUGUUUACACUCUAGGGCCGACAUUUCGAGCUGAGAAUGCAAGAUCGAGACUCCAUCUAUCUGAAUUUUACAUGCUAGAAGCUGAGUUGGCAUUUUGUUACAGUUUAGAACAGUUACAAAAUCAUAUUGAAGAAUUAUUGAAGUAUCUCUUUGUUGAAACGAGAAAUACAAAUGAAGCUGAUUUAUCUGUGAUAGACAAGGAGAAUUGUAAAGAACCGUCAUGGUUGAGACAAAAGUUUGUCACCCUCACAUAUGAUGAAGCCCAGGAUAUUUUAAAGAAAAAGAAGGUAGCUAGUACUGAGAAAGGAAUAAAUAAAGAACAAGAAUUAGCUCUGGUUGAUUACUGUAAUGGUACUCCCAUAUUUAUUGUAAGCUGGCCUAAAGAUCUCAAAAGUUUUUAUAUGAAAGAAUGCCAGAGUGAUAAUAGUAAGGUGGAAGCAUUAGACUUACUAGCACCGAUAACAGGUGAAAUAGUUGGUGGUAGUCUCAGAGAAGAUGAUUAUGACAGAUUAAAAUUAAAACUGCCAUCAGAGAAAUUAGACUGGUACCUGGAAUUGAGAAAGUUUGGUAACAUCCCAACUGGUGGGUAUGGAUUGGGUUUGGAAAGAUUACUGCAGACUAUGUGUGGCAUAACCAACAUCAAAGAUACACUGCCGUUUCCACGGUGGCCGCAUAAUUGUAGUAUGUGAAAUAUAUACUAGAUUUCACAAGAAUACGUAAAUAUUUAAGUCAGGUGACACUGACCUUUUGUAGGAAAUUUCAAUUUAAGCAAAUAAAUGAA